AUCGCCAGCCAGCUUACAUCCGCUCAGCAGCGUCGUCCAGGACGGUGAGAACAUUGACGACCCAGCAGCAGCACAGCAUUAGCAGCAGCAGGAGUAGUAGCAACAGCAGCAGGAAGGGGCAUCUUGGAUCGUUCGUUUGCAUCUUGCUGUGUGCUCGAUUGCUUUGCCCUGCCUCCCUCCCUCCCCUCCCUGCCUUCCUGCCUGGGAGUCCGGUAGCUGUUAGGGUUAGAAGGUCUGAAGAAGAGAAAGCACAACUUGCUUGCAGGGCCCAGUGUUGUUGAACUUAGGGUUGGGUUGAGGUGGAGUAGCCUGACGACCGGAGGUCUGAGUGUUGCGAGUGUGUGUGAGUUUGUGUGUGUGUGUGUGUGAGAGAGAGAGAGAGAGAGAGAGAGAGAGAGAGAGAGCGAGAGGAGGGCUUCAUUUCAUGCUGAUGCAAGAAGGGGGAACCGGUAGCACGAUCUAUGGCGCGAGCCGCAGGUAGCAACACAAAGUUUGCAUCUGUGAACUUGAACAAGAGCUAUGGCAAGCCUACGGCUGGAGCGGGGGGCAGCGGCAAUGGCUCUGGGUCGGGAACUGGAGCCCUUGGGGGUGCAGGGCGAGCCGGGCGGACCUCGUCGCACGGGGGGAUGUUGCUGCUCUCCCGCUCCGGGGUAGCCACCUCGGUGCCGAAAGGAGGUCGAGUUAUCGUGCCGCGCCCGGUCAAUCUUCCGUCGCUGCGACGGGAGCACGCUGGAAACGAUCCUUCCAUUGCGCUUGUCGGCGGCUCUGGUUCUUCAGGAUGGACCAAAACGCUCGUGCACGAAGAACAGGCGCCUGUCGCUGUUGCUGUUGCCACCCCCGAGACGUCUACGGGAAUGGCAAGGUUAGCACCAGCAUUGAGUGCUGGAUCAACUUGGGGGACUUCGCCUUCUCUUCCAGGCCAACCUUCGACUGGGUCUCUAAGCGGAGAACAUUGGCCAGUGCCUACACAAUCUGGACCUACUGGAACCACUCAAGUUGCUCCUGGAAGGCACGGUGUGUAUACACCACCUCGUGCGCGUGCAAUGCAAAAUCCUGUUGUGACAAGUGGUCACAUUGUCCCCGCCGUUGAGAAGGCUGUGGUGUUGAGAGGGGAAGAUUUCCCAACAUUGCAAGCCGCUUUGCCCCCUCCUUCGGUCUCUAGCCACCAAAGGCAGAAGGAAUUGCAUCAGAAACAGAGGGAGAAGCAACAGGAGCUCAAAGAUCAGCAGCAGAAAUUGCAGCUUCUGUCUGAACAGCACGCGGUUUUGAAGCCCGACGAAGUCUUACAGUCUCAUCUUGGAGGUCCACAGCUGCAACCUGCACAGCCAAUAUCACUGCAAACGAAGAAAGAUCAUAGCCGCAAGGAUGCGCCUGAAGAGUCUCAAUCACUGGAGCAACAACGCUUCACUGAUCCAGGAUUAUCUGUCCGAUCUACACCUAAAGCUGGCAAUAGUUCAUUGGGUCCUGGAGCAUCUGGUCCUUCUCAACAACGUCAGUCAAAUUGGACAGACGAUGAGAGGGACUCAACCUUCCGUUCACAAGGGGCCAAUUAUUCUGAAUGGAGUGAUCGAUCAGAUCGAGAGCCCGAUCAUCAACCCGCGAAUCGUGUUGGGGAGGGCUACGGAUAUGGUCGGCCUCCAUCUUUCAGAGAGGUCUCUUUUAUUCCAGGGCGUGAUGGUCACAUGGGCAAAGUUGCUGACGUCCGGGAGAGUAGGUUUAGUGGCGACAAUUCACUUGGACGUGAGUCUUCGAGCACUGCACAUAGCGCGGACAACAACUUUAGUCGAAGUAACUUUACUGGUAGAGAGGGGGGUUCCCGGGAAUGGGGAGGAGGGGUGAAUAGGGAAUUUGGUUUCGGUGGUCGGGGAUUCAGCCGAGAGGGGGGUAGGGACGUUGGAUCUAACAAAAGAGGUGUGUAUGAAAAGGAUGGAGGUGAUGUAAGGCCCGGCAGUAGGGGUUGGGAUGGCUUCGAGGACCGGCACGGUUUUGGGAAUCGCGACCAGGGGCCUCAUCGAGAUGUGAGCUCGUCUCGGGAAAGUGGCUUAAAUAGGGAAAAUACUUUUAAUAGGGAUCAUAGACGCAUCCAAGGUGGAGAGAAUGAUGCCGGCCGAGGGCGAUUUGGAGGCGAUCGUUUUCCGAGAAAUGGUGCUUCCAGUGACUUUUUCAGUGGGAGAAGCUUCACAGGUCAGGAACCAGCUGCUGGGAGAGAGAGGCGGCCAUAUGAAGGUUAUCAUUUCAACGUAUCACAUGGGCGAAGUUUUGAAGAGAUCCAUGGCUUGGACAAUUUUCGACCGUCUCAAGGAGUGGGAAUAGAACCGCCCGUGAUUCCAAUGUUUGGUUUUCGGAGGAAGAAGGAGGAGGCGAAGGAGUCGGACUUCCGAGAUGAGGAAAGAGAGGCGUUUGAAGCUGAGUUGGAGAGAGUACAAAAAGCUCAAGAGCUAGAUCGACAGCGUAAAUUGGAAGAGAAAGAGCAUGCUGUUGAAAUGGCUCAGAAAGAACUAGAAGAUCGUGAAAGACUGGCGAGAGAAGAGGAAGAAAGACAGGCAAGAUUAGAGGAAGAAGCCAAAGAGGCAGCUGCUAGAGCCGAGCGGGAAGCGAUGGAGGCAGCUCAGAAGGUGGAGGAUGAGCGAAAAGCUAGAGAAGAAGAAAAGCGACAGUUGCAACUUGAAGAGGAGCGAAGGAAGGAGAAUGCCCGUCGUAAAUUGCUCGAGCUAGAAGAGCGCAUUGCAAAACGAGAAGCUGAGAAGAAGCAACAAGAUGAAGCCAGACUAAACGUGGAGGACAAGCCUGCAAAUGCGUGGCAGAGAGGAGAAGAGGAGCUUAGACCGCGGGAUGAUGAUGACAAUGUAGAGGAAGAGAAAAUGGUUGCGAAUGUUACUGGGAAUGCUCAUGGUGAUACUGACCGAACUUCGCUGCGGCCCUCAGUUGCUAUUCCCUACUCCCAGGAGUCUCAGAAGGCGUUACAGAACGAAAAUACUCUCUUUGUUAAGCCUUCUGAAAUGCAGGCCCCGUCUGCAGGAUCAUCUGCCCGUGCUGAACUACGUGGGAGUAAUUCUGCAUCUGAAACUGAGCGUAAGACCUUUGGGCAUUGGCGGAGGGAGCAGCCUUCGGAGAAUGUCGUUGGAUCAGCAGCACAGAUGUGUCCUCCUUUUGGUGGGAAUGAAAGCACUGAUUUCCAAGCUUCAGUUUCUCGUGAUCGGGUGUAUAAUGGUCGCGGUUACGGAGAUAGGGGAGAAAGUUACUAUGGCGGGGCCCCGAGUUCUGCGGGGCUUUCCUCGGACGGAGGCCCUGGUGAAUUUUCUAGAAGAUCUCCUUUUAACGAUCAACGAUGGUUAACAGAAGAGCCAGGGUUCUUCAAUAAACAAAUGAACUUUAACCGGGUCUCCAAUUCGGACUUUGAGAGUGGACCCUUGGAGGGUUCUGAAGAUAGAGAUGAUCGACGAUGGGGUAGAGAUAGGAUGGAGCGAUGGCGGCCUGGACGAGAAGGUUACAGCCAACGACCAUCUCCACCACAGACCCCGCCUCACUUCCAAGGCUUGGACUCAACAGAACCUUCCUCCUAUGGUCGCCUUCGCCAUUCUUUGUCGAAGCAGCCACGUGUUCCUCCUCCACCGGCAAGGAUGGGGAUCUUUCGACCACCACCCAAAUCCUCUAGCGAGCAGACAUUUGUAGCAAGUUCAGAGGCGAAGGACGAUGACACCCGGGGUGUAUUGCCACGACGUGAGUUAGAUAAUAAUUUCGGUUUUUCUGGUCAUGAGAAUAACGAUGAACAACACGCGAAAGAAUCCAGUGGAAAGACUACUGCUGCAGAUUUACAACAAGAAAACGCUUCACAGCAACGAAGCAAUGCUUGGAGUUCUACUCAGAGGGGCUGGCAGAUCAACACAACUUCCUCUCUCACUCCGCAAUGCCCUUUUGCGCAGGUGUCUCAAGGUCUCUCACAUGAUAAUUUGAAUUCGCAACCCUUUUCUCCAUCACAAGAGAAAAGUGAAAAUAAGCAGAAUGGGGAUUCUCCCUUCUCUAGUCUAUCACAGUCAGAGGACGAUUAUGAGCAAAAAGGCUCAAUAGAUACGUUGGUCAUUUCAGAAGUUGAUAAGCAGGAGAUGCAUGUACAAUUCGAGGAUCUAAAUGAUGAUCUGGAGGAUGUCGCGAGUCCAACUGAUGAUGAGGAAGAUGAAGAUGAAGAUGAAGAUCACGAAGGUGAUGAGGAGGGAUAUGAGGCUUAUGAGGGCUAUGAUGAAGACGAAGACGAAGACGAAGAUAACGAUGAGGACGAUGAACUCGAUGGAGUAGACGGUGGAGUUGGAGAAGCAGUUGAUCAAGGCUCUGAUAGGACUGAGAUCGCCCUUGGGGAUGUCAAAGAUGAGCACUUCAUUGCGCAAAUCAUUGAAGAUGAAGGGGAUAAAUUCGAUGAUGCCAAUAUAGAGCAAGAUGCAGCCGGAGAGCUCGCUAACUCCGCACAUGUACAGAUGACUGAGGAUGUGGGGAGUGGAUACCUGCCUCAAGAGGAGGCUGAACAAACAAGCUUGAUACCCUCGGUUACUGGGUUGGUCGAGGUGUCUGAUUCCUGCGAUGUCCGACAGGGAUUUUCACAACAGCUGCAACCACCUCCUCCCCUCAUGGAAUUUUCAACCUCACAAAACAACGACACAACAAUUUCUUCUUCUGUUGGGCUAUCUGGUCUUCAUCAUUCCUCUGAAGUUCCGAUGACAUUACAGUUUGGGCUCCUUCCUGGCACGUCAUUUCUUCAGGGGUCAGUUCCUGCGAUUCAGAUUGGAUCAAUCCAGAUGCCACUCCAUGUUCCUCUUCAUACUGGUCUUCAACAGUUUCCUAAUUCGUCUUCCACAGCUCCUCCAAUCCAGUUCGGACAGUUGGCCAACCCACCUACAGUACUGCAAUCGACAUUUGUUUCAAGUCAGUCGAACGUGUCGAGAAAAGUCCAAGAGAAAAUUUCAGAGCCUGAAUCUGUCUCUAAGGUGGUAAAUGAGCUACAAGACACUGUUACAGUAACUGCCUUGAUCCAAGCCCAGCCUGAAAAAGAACCUAUCUCGCUUCAACCUCAGUCGCCGUGGAUAAAUCAAUUUUCUUCUGUAGAUCACAAAUCACCAGUGGAAGUGGAAACAAAGGAGACCAGGUCCACAAUUGGAAAACUAGGCCAGCGGUCUGAAAGGAGGGUGCGAGAUAGAGGAAUGAUUCGUGAAGGUCCGACCAGCACAAUUGGUCCUGAGACCUACCCACGCCUCAAGAAUUCCCGCCGAGACCCGGGCAACCAACGUUUACACCAAGACUACACAGCUUCACAAGACAACUCUUUUUUCGAUCCAGUUGGAGGGAAUGAGAAAUAUGGUGGUCGAGGAAGAGGGAAUCGACCAGGAAGUGUGCUUGGACGUGGUGGGUUUCCUCAUUCUGGAAGAUAUUCUCCUCACAGCACCUAUGAUAAUGCAGGUCUCUCUACUGGAAUGGGUGCAUCUUCCGCAAGUUACGAUGGAACAGCACUUCGACCGCGUUCUAACCGGCGUAGCAACUUCCGUCGAACUGAUCUUAAAAGCCGUGAUUCUGCUGAGCUAUUAUCCGAAGCUGCGGGAGGAAAGUUCUCUAAGCAAACGAUGAAUGCUUCCACCGAGAAUUUGAUGGCCGGUACCAACGGAAAAGAUGGUUUCAGGGAUGCCAAUUUACAUCCGCAAGAAAGUACUUGCUCUGGAGAUAAUAGUCGAAAUUCCCGACCUAUGUUCGAAGGUGCAUCUUCAUCAAAAUCUGACCGUGCCAGUACUACCGACGUCUUGAAAAAAAGUGGUGGAAAACUUUCAGGGUCUUCUGAUAGUGUUUCCCAUUCUGUUGAAGGCUUACUUGGAAAGCACGCGUCUGAAUUAACGUCGGAUGCACCUUUACAAUCUGGUGUAGUUCAUGUUUUCAAGCAGCCUGGUAUUGAACGCGGGGACGAAGACGAUUUUAUCGAGGUUAGAUCAAAGCGACAAAUGUUGAGUGAUCGCCGGGCAGAGCGUGAGAAGGAGAUAAAGGCUAAAUCAAACCUGAAGGCGAAGGAACAAGCAGCUAGGAAGCAGAGGGGCUCUGCAAAGUCGGGGCUUCAAAUGGAAGGCGUAUCGGGACAGGGAAACAAACCUGGUGGAUUUUUAGAUAAGCGUGCAUCUAAUAAUAGCACAGAAAAUUCUGGCACUACCACUCGUACGCUCCAACCAGGAGGUACUACUUCAACUGUUGCGUCAGGCACAGCGGUAGCCACAAGCUCUCAGGGCCUUACACUUGCUCCCAUUGGCACUCCGUCUGGUGGAUUAUCUGAUAUACGUGCUAAUGCGUCCAAAUCUUCUCGAUCGAAUUCAGUAUCAGGAGGUAGCUUAGUCGAUUCUGAGCUUGGUGCUGCAGCGGCCACUUCUGAUAGUCUAAACCAGCAUCAGGAGAGUUCGUCUGGCACACCAAUUGCGUGGGGCGGGACUCACUCCACCAGACAGGUGGUGAGUCUUACUCAGAUUCAACUAGAAGAAGCCAUGAAACCAGCUCGUUAUGAGGCAAUAGUCUCGCAGCAGUUACCUUUAGAAGCUCGGGGCAGUAUGGUUCUAGACCCAGGAACAACUGUGGCUUCUAUGGCGGGCAAGGACAAAUUUUCUGUCCCUACGGCAGGACCAAUCGGCUCACUUCUUGCGGGGGGUAAAAUCCAGUUUGGGGCUGUGACUUCGCCUCCUCUUGGGGUAUCUAACAGCCGUCCCCAUACACCUGCUGUCAUGAAUGUAGUGGGUUCUUCUUUAGGAUCACACGCUGAUGAUGCAUCUGAUAAGAACGAUUUGAAAAAACCUAAUCAUAUGUCCAGUUCAGAACUGGAUAUGCCUUCGUUUCCUACCAAAGGGAAGCGUACACGUGGACAAGAGGAUAUUGCAGGAAGUACAGAUGAGGGGAUUGAUGCUGAGGCUGAGGCUGAGGCAGCAGCAUCAGCUGUGGCCGUGGCUGCUAUUAGCAGUGAUGAGUCAGUUUGCAGUACUCGAGAACCAAUUGCAAUUAGGAAAAAUACAAUAAAAAGCUCAUUCGGCAGUGUCACCUCUUCAACAAAUCACACUGGUCUGGGUAAUUCAGUGUCUGCCCACAUGCAAAAUCCCAUGAUGGAAGACUCAAUGGCUGCAGCUCUUCCUGCUGAUCUCUCAGUGGAACCCACCUCAAUUUCAAUGAGAGGAUCACCGGGGCAGGGGUCAAGUUGUCUCUCUACCUCUGGCAAAUCUUCUUUCUCUGGUUUGGAAAUGAGCCAAAUGCUGAGUUAUUCAUUUGGUCCUAGCAAAGAUGUUGCCGUUAUGCAGGGUUCCAAUGACCAGGGGGUUCCAAGUGCUAGCCCUAGUGCGAGUGGUUGGCAACCACAGCACUCGAGCGUCGAUUCAUUUUAUGGAGGUCCUCCUCCUUCUGGCUUUCCCGGCCAGUAUAUCAAUCCUGGCGCAGGGAUGCCUCCUCAUAUGCUGGUGUACACUAAUCCAUUUUCUCCAGUUGGUCAAUUUGGGCAACUUGGCUUUAUGAAUCCAACAUAUCUUCCAUCAGGUAAGCAGCCGGAUUGGAAACACACUCCUGUUUGGUCAUCAGGUCCAGGUGUUGUUGGCAUGAGCAGCAAUGACAGCCUAGGUGGAAUGGCUGCUGCGCAGCGUGGGUCCGGAAAUAUUCAACGAAUUGCUCCUGGCCCAGCUCUGGUGCCUGUUGUACAAUCGCCAGGCCCAUUUGAUCUAAAUCUAUCAGCUCCGUUCCAGAUUCCGAACGUGGACAGCUCGACGGGCUGGUCGCAUGUACCAGGUCCGAUGCAUGUACCCAUAUCCUUGGGCUACUUGCAGCAGGGAAGACGAGGGCCCUCCCAUUCAAUGGAGAAGGAUGGAGGGUUCAAUCUUGGUCUAGCCUCCAACCAAGCGAAUAAUGGAAAUUAUACAUCUAUGGAUACAGCUGCACAAUUUCCAGAUGAGCUUGGAUUGGGUGAUACAUCCUCGGUUCCUAAUAUCACCUCUCCUUACGGUUCUUCUCAGAAUUUGGGUAGAAGUGCCAUAAACAACCAAGCUACAUCUAUGUCGUCAUCAGCGCAGAGUAAUGCUAAGUUCCGCAGUAAUCGCCGUUCAUCCAGGGUGACCCGAGGAGGCAACCUAAUGAGUACUGGAAAUGGAACUAAUACAGGGUCAGUCAACUUAGGAAUGGGUGUGAACUCUGGAGGUUACAAUAAUGCCGGAACAAAUGGCGGUCGGGUUCCCCAAAAUCAUCUGCAACCCCAACCUCCACAUCAUCUUUACCCAGCAAUGGGUGGUGUUGGACAACCUCAUGCCCAUCACACAAUCAAUCACUCUGAUCAGAGAGGUCCCUCGCAACAAAAUUCCCCUCGGGUGGGGUCCAGCAAUUGGUCAGGGUCCCAAGGUCAUCGCAAAGGGGUUGGUAAUCAAGGACGCCCGCCUGCGGGUGAACGGGGUUCCACCGGAGAAAAAAUGUUUGCACCCCCUUCAAAAUUGAAGCAGGUCUAUGUUGCGAAGCCCUCGUCGUCUCCAAGAAGGAGCAGCGGUGAAACCGCCAUAUUCAACGGUACAGGAGGCCAAGCAGCUGGUGGUCUAUAAUUUCGAACUAUUUGUCAAUUCGACGACGACUUAUGGUCAGAAUCGUGCUAUCUCCUUUCCGAAGGAGCUUGGCAAGGGAGGGGGUAUUACUCUCCACAGCAUGAAUUUCAGCCGGCUUCCCUCCAAUAUGUUAAACCAUGUCCUCUAAUCCUCUUGGGUCUUCACGUCUUCCAAUUAUUGGCUCUGAUCUUCGAUGUCUCCUCCAGCCAGGGAAUCAGUUAGAUUCAUGCCGCUUGUACUCUAGAGCUUAGAUCUGGGGAAGUUCACUCCUGGAAUCCUGUGGAGUUAAAAGCAUUCUGGUUCAUUGCCUGUAUGCCGCUCAGCUUCGGAUUCUUCGUUUAGUUGCGCGUAAUCCUAAUUUUUCAUCACGUUUCCAGAAGAACCUCAUCUCCCAAGCCUAAGCCAAGCGGUUUCUAGGUUCAGUUUGUUCAGAUUGCUUAAGCCGGUAACUGAGGCAGGGCUGUUGUAGCCGGACAUGCAAAGCGAAGUGUCCGACAGAACCUGUGGCAGCUCUUACUUGUUUUCCAAUGGAAUAUCAGUGGAUCGAUUUUGUAAUGCAUCACAUUUUGUAGGCUACUAAGAAGGUUUGAUCAUGGCGAAGUGUGUAGAGACCUUGUGUAGAUACUGUACCGACUCUUGUUGAAUGCGCAGUUUAUGCCUCCCCAUAGUGGUCUGUCGUAAAUCUUUCUGUUAACAUUUGAAUUUUUACCUAAAAAAACUUCCUGUACGACACGAGUAAUUACUCUACACUUUC